UUCUUUUCUCUCUUGAGCACUCUUUUAAUACCCAUUGGGAGAUCCGGUUCCUGGGAUUUGGAAGGGUUUUAAUUUUGCUUGGUGGGUUUGAUGCAAAAAAAAAAGAGAAAAAGGUCUUAUCUUUGAUGCUAAUUUGCUUUCUUGGAGACAUUCAUUCUCACCAAUUCAAGGAAUUUGAAGGUUAUAAUCACCAUUUGAGAUACUAUAACUUGGUCUUCUUCCGAUGGCCGCGAGGACGGCGCACCGAUUCUCAUCUGCGCUCUCUUCGGCCGUUCUCGAAUGGUUGCUAAUGCUUCUCUUGUUCGUCGACGCCGUAUAUUCCUACAUCGUCACCAAAUUCGCCCGAUUAUGUCAAUUACAAACUCCGUGUGUUCUAUGCUCGAGACUCGACCAUAUUCUCGGGAAUGAGAAAUCAGGCUUUUACCUCAACUUAAUUUGCAAGAAGCACAAGUCCGAGAUCUCGUCUUUGGCUCUUUGUCGCGCGCACCAAAAGCUUGCGGACGUGCAUGAGUUGUGCGAGAAUUGUCUCCUUUCUUUCGCCACGGAGAAGAAAUCGAAUUUGGAGACUUAUCGAUCGUUGGUGGGUAAACUCGGUUUGGAUUUCGAUCAGGGAGAACAUGAUUACUUUGAUGAAGACGAUGAAGUGCCGUUAUUGGACGAAUCUAUGUCUUCUUUUCCUUUCAAAAGGAAUUGUUCUUGUUGCUCGGAGCCGUUAAAAAAGAUGUCACGUGGCGUAGGGGUGCUUUGGAAGAAAUCAAGUGGAAUUAAAAAUACUACUGAAACCGGGAAUUCUAUACCGGAUUUGGUAGAACACGAAUCUACGGAGCCAAAUGGAGUUUACCAUUCAAAGGAUGAAGGGGCUGAUCACUUGUCGCAUAUUGGUUAUAGGGAGCUUAAGAUUACAUCCGAUUCCGAAUCGGAGACUCCUUUCGUCGAUGGAAAUGAAACCAAUGAACUCAGAGAGGAUUUUGUUCCUCAAGAUGCGGAAAUGGAGCCAGUUGAUGUUCAUACCGACAGUUUGUACGUAAAUCCUUCGGAUAGUGCAGUGAUAGCAAAGUCGAUUCCUUCUGAACCAAUUCCCGAAAAGAAACAACACGCGGGUGAAUCGCAUGAUGUACAAACCACGGCAUCUGCUGUUGCUAAUGAGCAUGCUUUGGAUGAAUCAAAAUGGAGCCGAAGUGAAGUGAAAACCGACCCCACGCCAUCUGAAAUGACAGUUGAAGAUCCUCAAAGUGUUCAUUCUGAGGAUGUUAACACCACAUUGGAUAAUGAUUCGGAAGAUGCUUGCGCCGCGCAAAAAGCUCCAACUUUAACUGAGGAAUCAUCCAAGGGUUUGAACUCGCUUGAAAUAAAUCCUUCAAGAAGCCAAAUUGCAUCCGAACCUUCUCCGUCUCUAAACACUGAUAUGAGCUUAAGCGAUGCUUAUAAGCUUGCCAUCGGCCAAAAGAGCAGCUUACCAUCUCCCACACUUGCCGAAGUGCUUUUGGGAAAGGAUUCUUCUAAAGUUCACGAAGAUUUAAAAUCGCUAAUAAGCCAAAUAUCUGCCGCUCGGAGGCUCGAGACCCCGUGGACUGAUUUGGGUUCGAGCCCGAGAGUACAACACAGCCAAGGCGAUGAGACCGUACUCCAGAACAUCACUAAGAGGCUCUCGAUUGAGAGAAAUGAAUCGGGGUUUGAAUCUUUGGACGGAAGUAUUGUGAGCGAGAUCGAAGGAGAAAGCACGGUGGACCGGCUGAAGAGGCAGAUCGACUUGGAUCGCAAGUCGAUAAGCCUUUUGUACAAGGAGCUGGAGGAGGAGAGAAGUGCUUCCGCCAUAGCGGCGAACCAAGCUAUGGCCAUGAUUACUAGAUUGCAAGAGGAGAAGGCGUCGAUGCAAAUGGAAGCUCUUCAGUACCAAAGGAUGAUGGAGGAGCAAGCCGAGUACGAUCAAGAGGCGCUUCAGAAGUCGAAUGAGAUUCUUGCUCAGAAGGAGAAAGAAGUGCUUUUGCUAGAAGCAGAGCUCGAGAACUACAGAAACUCAAAGGCAAGAGAAAGUGAGUCGGGUCUUUUCAAGAACUCACUUUUGAAAUUUGAAGACGAGAAGGUGUACAUUUCGAAUCGAUUGAGGAAGUUAGAAGAGGAGCUCCAUCUUUUCUCUAACAAUGGUGCUUUUGCUGAUGCGUCAAAAAUUACUGCUGAAGAAGAAGAAAUUAUGGAAAGUGAUAAUCAAAGCAAUUCGGUUGCGGAGGAUGAUGAGAGAGGAAAUGGUCAAUGUAUUGUUUGUGACUCUAAAGAAGACUCUAAUUCCGGGAAAAUACCACAUAUUAUUGUUCAACGAAACGAUGGAGAAGUGCGUUUCUGCAAACAUUCUGAGAUGAUUGGUGAGAGUGAUUUAGUUGCUCUUGAAUGUGAGAUUUCAGACCUGAGCGAAAGGUUAGAGGCCCUUGAAGCGGAUCAUAAUUUUCUCGAGCAUAGUAUAAAUUCACUUAGAAAUGGUGAAGAAGGGGUGCGGUUUAUUCAGGAGAUCGCUUCGCAUCUGCAGGAAUUACGAGAAAUUGGGAUUGCGAGGAAAUAGCAAGCUACAGUUUAAUCUCUACUCCUGUAACAGAUUCCACGGUGGUAGCAGAUCAAACAUCCAUAACAAUUCCCGGGAAAAACAUUGAAUUUGGUCGUUUGGGGUUCGGCUCUGUGAAUACGUUUUGCGCUAAAGCGACUCCUGAUCCACGAACAACACUGUGUAGCUUCGUCGAGCACUCAGAAUUGAGCUGUAACAAUUGCGUCUUAUUUUGAUUGAAUUUGGGUUUUUUUUUUUUUUUUUUUUUUUACCCUCUCUUUUUCCUGUUUUAUUGUGUAGAGGUGAUUGUUUGAAGUGUAUGUUUCCUUUUACUUUGAUUGAGGUGUAUGAGUUGUAAUAAUGUCUAUAGAGGUGAUUUCCUUGUAAGCUAACACUGUAUAUUGCUAGGAUUGGGAUCUAUGGCCACUUUGUUCUUCUCUUUUCCUUUCCA